ACCCAUGGACCUCACACUUGUCUUCCUCGUCUCCUUCAUCCUCUCCUCUCUACUCUGUGGCGUGAGCUCUGCCUCAUCACGCAACAUCACCUCCAUGUUCACCCUCGGAGACUCCCACAUUGACACCGGCAACGCCCUCGUCAUGGCGGCUCCAGUGAUGCCUGUGUGGAUCGACAAGCCUCCUUACGGCGAGACAUUCUUCGGUCACCCCUCCGGCCGCUUCAGCGACGGGAGAGUCAUCAUCGAUUUCAUCGCCGAGGAGCUUGGCCUCCCGUUCCUCCCGGCUUUCCUGGCCAGCAGCCCGAACGUCUCCCAUGGCGUGAACCUCGCCGUCGGCGGCGCGACGGCGAUCGAGGUCUCCUUCUUCGAGACCAACGGCCUGGUCCCGUUCAAGCUCCUCAACAACUCGCUGGACGUGCAGCUGGGGUGGUUCGAGCAGAUCAAGCCAUCGGCCUGCGACGGCGCGUCGGAAGAAGGCCAAGGGUACAACGACAGGGAUUGUCUUGACAGGGCGCUCUUCUUCGUUGGGGAGCUCGGCGUGAACGACUACAACUUCAUCUGGAUGGCGGGGAAGACCGAGGACGAGGUGAAGACGUACGUGCCUAAAGUCGUCGACACCAUUUCCAUGGCCGUGGAGAGGCUGAUCAACCAAGGGGCGGUCUACAUCGUGGUGCCGGGGAACCCACCGACGGGGUGCUCGCCGGCCAUCCUCACCUUCCGGUUGAGCCCCAACAGGGCGGACUACGACCACAUCGGCUGCCUGCGCGCCGUCAACGCCGUCGCCAGGUACCACAACCUGCUGCUCCGCGCGGCCGUGGGCGGCCUCAGGGGCAGGUACCCGCACGCCAGGAUCGUCUUCGCCGACUUCUACGAUCCCAUCAUCAGAAUCCUCGAGAACCCCGGCCAUUUCGGCUUCGCCGGCGACGCCCUGAAGGCCUGCUGCGGAGCCGGCGGCGGCGCCUACAACUGGGACCCCAGCGCCUUCUGCGGCAUGCCCGGGGUGGCGGCGUGCGGGGACCCAGCGGCGUACGUGAGCUGGGACGGGGUGCACUACACGGAGGCCGCCAACCGCUACGUCGCCGACGGGUGGCUCCGCGGCCCGUACGCUGACCCGCCGAUACUCAGCGCUGUUGGGCGUUCAUAGUUAGCUGCUGCCGAAAAGCCAAAAC